UGAAGGAGAGGCGGACAUGUUGGCAUGGCCCGUUAAGGCUCAAUUCUUCAUUUAUUUGGAAAUUUAACCGCAAAACGAGAGUCAACCCGGACAGACACGAUGGAUGCAGUCAACGCGUUUAACAACGAGCUGUUCUCGUUGAUGGACACAAAACCUCCCAUCUCCAGGGCUAAGAUGAUCUCCAUCACAAAGUCUGCCAUAAAAGCUAUUAAAUUAUACAAACACGUUGUCCAGAUUGUUGAAAAGUUUAUUAAGAAGUGUAAACCUGAGUAUAAAGUACCAGGACUGUACGUCGUGGACUCUAUAGUUCGUCAGUCACGGCAUCAGUUCGGUGCCGACAAGGACGUGUUCGGUCCACGGUUCACUAAGAACAUUACAGGGACUUUUGAGAACCUCUGUCUCUGUCCCACUGAGGAUCGGAGUAAAAUCGUGCGCGUCCUGAACCUGUGGCAGAAGAACGGCGUCUUUAAGAUCGAGGUCAUUCAGCCCCUUCUGGACAUGGCUGCGGGCACCAGCAGCUCGGCCACAUUUUCAGCCAUGGAUAAUGGCCCAGACGGGGCAGCGUCUCCUCCGUCCCCGGCGAGGGAACCUGAGAGCCACCCGGCGGCGCAGGUUAACUCUGUACCCGUACAGGUACCCUUACCGACACCCAUGUCCAUCCCUCAGCUGCAGAACUCUGAUGCUUUUGCUGCGGUAGCCCAACUCUUCCAGUCCUCGCAAGGCCAGCAGCUUCAGCAGAUGCUACAGAACUUCCAGCAGCCGCUCAAGCCGCAGUCUCCGACGCUGGAGAACAACCUGAUCGCCCACGUCCCGGUGCAGACCUCGGCGAUUCAGCCGUCCGCCGGUUUAGCUCAGGGCAUCGCGCACGCCAUGCAGCCCAUGGAGAAGAAAGCGACCUUCGACAAAAAACUUCUGGAUCGUUUCGAUUACGACGACGAGCCUGAUGGUGGAGACGAAGCCAAGAAGGACGACGCCCUGUCUGUCCAGCAGACUUUUGGCUACACGGAAGGCGUCCAGCAUCCUCAGCAGGCAUCAGCAGCUUUUCCACAGGCUGCUGGUCAGAUGCAGCAUUUCCGGCCACACAUGAUGGGAAUGGGUCAGGACCAACAGCAGCUUCUCCCACCGAACGGCCAGCACCAGGCUUUCAACCAGAUGCCCCGUCAGCCUUACCCAGGGAUGGUGCCACCUAACGCAGGGUCUGCUGGAUACCCGGGAGCCUUUCCUUCUCAGAUCAUGCCUGCACAUCAGCAUCAGGAGGCCUCGGCACAGUUUGACGCAAGACAAGACGGCAGUAGGACGCGGUCACGGUCUGGUUCAAGAUCUCCGAAGAGGAGGCGGUCGCGCUCAGGUUCCCGCUCCAGACGCUCCCGGCACCGGCGCUCCCGCUCCCGAUCCAGAGAGAGGCGGCGCCACUCGCCCCGAUCUCGAUCCCAGGAGAGGAGGGAACGAGAACGGGAGCGAGAGCGCAGACAUCAAGGCCUGCCGCCCAUCAAACCCGACACGCUGAGCGUGUGCAGCACGACUCUUUGGAUUGGCCAGCUGGAUAAGAGGACCCAACAACAGGACGUGGCGUGCUUGUUAGAGGAGUUUGGCCCUAUAGAGUCGAUAAAUAUGAUUCCUCCUCGAGGCUGCGCCUACAUCGUCAUGAGUCAUCGGCAGGAUGCCAACCGAGCCCUGCAGAAGCUCAGCAGGGGCACUUUCAAAGUCAACCAAAAAGCCAUUAAGAUCGCCUGGGCUCUGAACAAAGGCAUCAAGUCAGAUCUGAAGCAGUUCUGGGACGUAGAGCUCGGCGUCACCUAUGUCCCCUGGUCCAAAAUUAAAGGCGAGGAGCUGGAUGACUUUAAAGAGGGGGGCAUGCUGGACGCAGAGACGCUGUCCCCGGAGUGGAAGGUGGUUCAAAACGAGCCGGAAAAGAAAGACGAGGCGUCCCAAAACGGCCGAGCCGACGUGGGUCAGGCAGACAAGAGCCCGGCCGUACAGCCUGUUCAGGCUACUCCAGUUCAGCCAGUAGGGACUCCUGGGCCUGUGGGUGUUCCACCACCAGGUUUCCCUGCUCCUAUGAACAUCCCACCACCAUCAUUUCCACCUGGCGUCCCUCCUCCUCCUGGACCUUUUAUAAGGCCUGGGUUUAACCCCAUGCAGAUGCCUCCUGGAUUUCUGCCUCCGGGUGCGAUGCCACCUAUUGGCGCUGUCGGACCUCAUCCACCCGCACCAGGCAUGGGCAUCCCACCAGCAGCUGCUGUACCGGGUGAGGAAAUGCCUGGAGAUCCGGCCGCCAUGGGCUCCAGGAUGAACAGAGAAGGUGCAGACGGAUUCAGCGCAGUUCCUGGUAACCAGAUUCCACCAGGACCGAUGCCCGGGAUGAACAUGCCAAAUCCUCCAGGGCUUUUAGGCACGAGACCAGGAGCGAUACCCCUCCAGCGCCCUCCGAUGCCCCCUCCCCCUCACAUGCAGCGCUUCGGAAUGCCACCACUGCGCCCCGGCAUGCCCCCUAUGCACCCGCAGAUGAUGCCCCCCAGAGGCCCGCAUCAGAUGAUGCACCGGGAGCCUCCACCCGGAGCUUUCGGCAUGGGUCCUCCACCUUCACACCCCAUGCGGGGCCCUUUUCCACCUCCGGGUCCUCCGUUCAGAGGCGACCGGAACAUGGAGCAGGAGCGUUUCGGGGGGCGCAGGCCGUUCGGAGGCGAGAGGCCGGAAGGACGCGAACGCUUCGGGGGCUGGCACGAGGAGUCGGAUCAGAGGGGCGGCUGGGACAGGGGGCGGGAUCGCAGAGACUGGAGGCGGAGUCCUGAAAGGGAGAGGGAUCGAGAGCCGGGACGGGAGGAAGAACGGGGCAAGCGAAGAGAGAGAAGCACCCGCUGGGACAAGGACGACAGACUUGAUAAACUAGAGCCCAACGGGCACGAGACAGUCAGAGACUCGAGCAGCCUCGAGCGCGGCGCCGAAUCCACUAACGAACUCUCUGAUGCCAGGGAGGAAGCUGCUGCCACUUCCAAAGAAGAGAGCGCAGAGGCGGAAAAGAAGAGUGAACCUGUAGAGGAAAAGAAAGCAGAUGAAUCUUAGGCUAGGCUGUGAACUCCAACUUUCAUUUGUCCUUUUGAUUUUUUUUUUUUUUUAAGAAAAACUAAUCAGACUCGUGUGUUUGUGUGAUUGCUUACUAAAAUGUGUAGGAAUACACUUCCAAGGCCUGUUCACAUGAGCAAGAAAUUAUUUCUCCUACAGUCACGGUCCUUUACACUGAAUUAAAGCGCGCAGAAUGAAAAGCUGAAUGAGAAAGAGCUUCGAAUGUACCGUGAGCAGUUCCAGUGGCAGCAUCUCCGAAUAUUACUCUGAUAACCAACUGAUCAGAGCACUGCAAGUGAAGUUUGACCAUAUGUUUUACUGUGUUUUUAAUUAGUAGCCUGGAAUGAUGGGUAUUCAUAGCCUGCAUUGGGUUCGGUCCUCUGAAAAUGACUAAUAUCCGCACAAGCAGUCUCUUCUCCAUUCUCAAAUUAAAUCAACUGACUGCUGUUGGAAAUUAAAUUGAAUUAUUAUUAUUUGUAAGCCAGCUGCUUUGAUUGAAGGAUUAUUUAACAUACGUGGUAUGCACUGCUGGUCCGUUUAGCUUACCUGUAAAUGUUAAUCAUCGGUUAAUUAGGGUGUCUGUGAAUAUCGUAAAUACUGAUACUAUAAAGCGCUUGAGAAAUAAACAUAUUCCAAUACAUGUUCUGGUCUUUAAAGAAAAGACGUAUGCAAAUGUCCCCCUCAGCUAUUUUCUGCUCUGUGAAUAGGCCUUAAACGCGGUCCGUUUCACCACAUUGAACUGUUUUAGACAUGAAGUGUAAGAUCAUGUACGUGGACACGAAGCAAACCAACAAAAAAAAUCCUAAUUAAUGCUGAUCUUGGGCACUACGCUCCUGAAAUUAACCAAACUGGUCCAGAACUGGUUUUACUCGAAGGUUCGUGGUUCCGUAGGACUGAAUUAAAUUAAUUUCAAUGCCAGGGCCUUGUGUUUAUGAUUUGAGUUACACUGUGUCUGGCUUGACGUGGAACACUGUGCUGAAUGCUGUUCUGAACCAGUGAUACACAGCCAGUGCCGUCCCUACUUUAACAUCCCCGUGUAUACAGUCCAGUGCUAAAUCGGCUGGAGCUAGUAAGGACAACGGUCCUUAUCCAAACCAAAACGUAAAAAAAUACUGAAAAUAGCUCUGCUGUAAAUAUGCUAACGUUACUCUUAAUAUUUUUAGAUUUGCAGGGUUGCUUUUUGAAGUAAUCUCCCCUGAGCAUCAAAGACAAAAAGAAGCUAAACAGACAGAUAAAGCCCCUUUUGCUGUAACAUUUGAACUUACAGUGUUUACAUUGUACCGGAAAUAAGAUGUUUGUAUAAUUUUUAAGUUUGUGGAGAUGUGAAGCUCGUUUAAUAUUCCAGCGAUGGGGAUUCGGUUUUAAUAAACUAUUUUCAUACCAAAAACGAACAAACUGAUUUCACAUUUAGUACUGAUUUGUGUUGCCUUUUCCGACAGGAUCUGUGCCAUCAAAUGCUUUCCUUUUUUUAAAGAAAAAGAAAAACAGUCAGGUUUAGGUUAUUAAUUUGACAAUAAAUAAAUAACAUGACAUUUCUGAA